AUUUGACAUUCAUCUCGGAAUCUGAUUGGCUAUUUCCAACUUGAGCCCGCCUACAAAGCCUCGCCUUUCAUAACUGUAAUUGGUCGCCUUUUCCUAGCAGUGUCUUGAGAGACUUGAGCAAAAAUGGUGCUGAAAGCAGUUUGUGUGUUGAAAGGAACAGGAGAAACCAACGGCGUGGUUAAUUUUGAACAGGAGAGCGAUUCAGCCCCUGUGAAGGUGACUGGAGAAAUCAAAGGCCUCACACCAGGCAAGCACGGCUUCCACAUCCACGUGUAUGGAGAUAACACCAAUGGGUGCGUCAGUGCAGGGCCUCACUUCAACCCAUACAACAAGAACCACGGGGGUCCUGAAGAUGCAGAAAGACACGUUGGGGACCUGGGAAAUGUGACCGCAGGAGAUAAUAACGUUGCUAAAAUAGAUAUCACGGACAAACUUAUCAGACUCUCAGGUCCAGACUCUAUUGUUGGCAGAACUGUGGUGGUCCAUGAGAAAGUUGAUGAUCUUGGAAAAGGUGGAAAUGAUGAAAGCCUUAAAACUGGAAAUGCUGGAGCGCGUUUGGCCUGCGGCGUGAUCGGCAUCGCUCAGUAAAAUGUUCAAAACCGCACUGAAAGCCGCUUCCUCCCACGGCAUUUAAUGAGACCAACAAAGCUACUUAAUGUAACAGCUAGUCCUUAGUUUUGUUCUUCUGGACUAAUAAACUAGCCAAGCCAUGCUUUGCCAUUGUUCCCUUGGACAGUUGUAUGUAUGGGUUCGUUUGUGUAGUGGUCCCAAAGAAUUGGAAACGCACAAGUUAUUUCUGUAUGUCUUCUAUUAAAAGUAAAAUGGGUUAUAUCUAC